AAAUAAAAAAAUUGAAUAUAAGCUCAAGUAUGGUUUUAAAAAUGAUUCUCGGCAAUAAAGUGUUACAGCCGUUUUUUACAACGAAGUCUUUUUACAAUCGAUAGUUUUAUACAGUUUUAUACAAUGAGCAAUACACGUCAGCCAUCGCUAUAUUUGAGCUGGUUCUGGAUAGUUUAACAGAAAAAUGCCUCCAACCAAAAUUCAUUAAGUAUUAAGUAAAGAAUCUAUAGUAAUACAAGAAAAACUUUUAAAAAUAUUUUUUCUUCGCAAGAAUUUAAACCUGAACCCUUAAAGUUUAGCACAACUUUACUUAAGCAGCUUGUACCCUUGAACCGAAGAUCACCCGACUAAUGACGAUUCUCCAUAAAUUGAGAAUCUCUGUUGGAACACCUGAAUACUUAAUAAAUGGAUAAAAUUAACAUUAAUAACGACUGUCUGUGACCGAUCCACAUCUUAUCCAACGACAAACGAGUUCGACAGUCGCGUGUGAUAUAUGCCUUAGGAAAGUUUCUCGAAGAAGGUAGAUCGACAGUACCUUUGGAACUUUCUUGUCCAAAUUGUCCCAGGAACGAUCAGCCGGUAUCUCUAUUGAUAACAGUUUGAUUUUUCGACAUGGACUCGGAGGAAUACGGCAACGAAUUGUCGAGAAACGAGUCAGAAAAUGAUAGCACUAAUGAAGAAUGUCCUCAUUCGCCUAUAUUGUUGGAUCUAGAUAAAAAUUCUAAGCAACAGCAAGAAAUUUUAAGCCAAGAAGAAAGCUCACCGUCUAAGAUUCCCAAUGUCGACCAAUAUUUGCAGAAUCAAUUAAUAAGACAUGGGUCAGAAAAUACAAAUAUAUCUCGACGACACUUUGUGAGAAGAUCAUGGCAGGAUGAAAACUUCGAAGAUCGUCAACAAAAUAACGAUCGAGUAUUUGUGAUAAGAGUUCCGGAACCGGAAGUGAUAAACACUCAUCCUCAUUUAGAAAUUCUUCAUGAAACCAACAUAAAAUCGAUCCAAAGAGAACCAUCGCAAACUGAGAAAGAUUACAAAAAAUCAGCUUGCGACCGUGAACGGACAAGAAUGCGCGACAUGAAUCGUGCUUUCGAACUUCUACGAUCGAAGCUUCCGAUUUGUAAACCACCCGGCAAAAAGCUUUCAAAGAUCGAAUCACUUAGGCAUGCGAUUACGUACAUACGACACCUCCAAAGUCUUUUAGAGCCACAAUACAGUUACCCUCCGAACGUAUCUGAGAGGAGUUACUAUGCUAAUAGUGCACCAAUUACUACAAAUACUUCUUUGGAUAUGCAACAUACACCUCGAUGGGAAUCGUUAGCUUAUUGUCGUUACGAUUAUCACACACCGUUCGUUAAUCCUUCGCUGUCAACGUUACCUUCAUCUAUUCACCCUCGAGUACAACCGGAACAAAAUGAUCGACAAUUUUUUUACGAAGCGCGACAUUAACACACUCGCAAUGAAAUUACCAUUGAUUCUUAAGAUCUUUCAAGCAGAAAUGACGUACGAUUUCAAUCUCUACAACAAGAAAUGGAUAUUUAAUUAAAAGUAAUUAGUAAAGCAUAAUUACCGUAUUGAAUACUUUAUGUGCCUGGUAUAAAGUUUCUAGUACGGUCCUUAUAGGAGAGGGAAUAAAAUACGCUUAUUUAAUGCAUUUCUACAGAAGACCUUUGCAUAGAUUAUUGUAUUAGCCCUACAGUGCAAGCUCUCAGGACCAUCUGUUUGGUCAGGACGAGGCACCUCGGCUCUAGUCUGCAACAUGAGCCAUAUGCUAUACUCUGCUGCUUCUGUGAGUUCAAGAAAGUCAAAAACGGAGAAAAAAAGGUCCAAUUUAUACUUGAAAUGAAAUUUUUCUACUAUUCACUGAAAUCCAUGCAUGGCUUAUGAUGAGUGAAAUUAACUCUGAGGGGUUAUCGUAUAUUAGCUCGUAAGAACCGCUGAGUUAAGUAGCCCGGUUUCUCACUUGCAUUGAGUAAACGACGAUAAUUAAUAUUUAAUUAAAUAUUUAAAUAUUUUGGAUUUCUAUAUUCAGGAGGAUUUUUGAAGAAUAUUUAGAGAAGAUUUUUAUGAAGUGAAAGUAAUCGUACCACCGCGCAUCGCUGAUAAAUGAAUCCUUUUCGAAUAAAUAAUUUUUGGUAAUUUUACGGAAUUGAAUAAGAAAAAAGAAGUUUUACAUAUUCCGAAUUAUUGAACUUACUUUCAUGUUUAGAGGAUAGUACAAUAUUUUAUAAAAUUUAAUAAAGUAGUUUUUCCUUUUCUAAUACUCCCUCUUUUAAAAGGUAGUAAAAGGAAUUUAUUCAAUAUGUACAUUACAAUUAUGUAAUUAAUUACAAAAUUCAUAUACAUCAAAAUCAAUCUUACUUUUAAAAAAUCACUGUUUGUACUUACAGCAAUAUUAUAUAUUGUAUAAUAUUUACGUUAAUAG